AGAAAAGGAAAUAUAAAGUAGAGCUAGCUACCUACCCAAAAGAAAGCAAGCACAAACUUAAUUGUAACCACUCGUCUUUUGUGACCAAGUCGGUCAAUCUGUGUUGAGUGUUGAGAGAGAAAAAGAAGGUCUUCCGAGUCAAUUGCAACCUUUCCCUCUCUCUCUCCCAUUUAUAUUCUCUUCUUCUCUCUCUCUUUCCACUUUUCAUUCACCAUGGGUAGAUCUCCCUGUUGUGAGAAAGAUCACACCAACAAAGGUGCUUGGUCUAAAGAAGAAGACGACCGUCUCACUAACUACAUCAAUAUUCAUGGUGAAGGUUGCUGGAGAUCUCUUCCCAAAGCAGCUGGUUUGCUUCGAUGUGGCAAAAGCUGCAGACUUAGAUGGAUUAAUUACCUUAGACCUGAUCUCAAGAGAGGUAAUUUCACUCCCCAAGAAGAUGAACUCAUCAUUAGCCUCCACACUUUCCUUGGUAACAAAUGGUCUCAAAUUGCUGCGAGAUUGCCUGGAAGAACGGACAAUGAAAUUAAGAACUACUGGAACACGCACAUCAAGCGUAAACUAUUCACACGCGGAAUUGAUCCUUCCACACAUAAACCACUCAACGGUGGCUCCGCCGCAGUGGUAGCUUCUUCUCAACCUGAAUUGCCUGUGGUCCCCACAAGCAACGAGAGCAGUAGUAGCAGCAGCAAGAAGAAGAAGAAUAACAACAAAAGCGAGUUUGAGUUAUUUAGUAAUAAUAAUAUGAACAGAGAAAAAGUGGUUGUAACUGAUUCGGGUUGUGUUGAAGAAUCAGUGUCAAAUAGUAGCAGUGGAGUAACCAUAGAAGAAAUAGCUCCAUAUCCACCUCACAUAAAUUUGGAACUUUCGUUGGCUCCACCUUCUCAACAACAACAAAUUUCAUUGUAUUCGUGGCAAGGAGGUGUGUGUCUUUGUCGACAUGCUUUAGGGUUACACGGUAAUAAUCACCAAUUACCUUGUAGCUGUAAAAAACCAAUUACUCAUCCACAUGGAACUCCUUCUGCUACUAUUCAACAACCUGCGCCAACCGGCAAUGAUGUUUUUAAAUUUUUCGGAGCCGGGAAUUUUAAGUUUUGAUUGGAAAUUCUAGGAACUAAUUAGCCUUUUUUUUUUGUUGUAUUUCAGUUGUUUAACGUUGUGACUAUUACUUUUAAGUUACCAAUGUUAACGACCAAGAACAGUUUAGUUGUAGUAGAUCCAAUUUCGAACUAUAUUUUUGGUGUUUUUUUUUUUCCGUCAAAAAUUUAUUUUAAUUAUUUGUUAUAUACUAUGUUCGUUCGUUGACUGUUGAACA